GCGUCGCUGCAGCGGGUCGCCUGCAGCCACUGCGCCAGGAAUCAAACCCUCCAAAAUACUCAUUAUAUCCCUGCAAAUUCAUUGACUGCAAGAAGAGCAGCAGACAACUGCCGUCUAGUUUUCUUCGCAUUCACGCCUGCUGUUCUGCACAGAAUAUCACGCGUUUCCAGAUAUUAGAUAGGCAGAUGAAGCGCGAGACUAUCAACUGACCUUUUGUUUUUAAUUCCGAUGCUUAAUUUGUGUUAGUGCGUCUCUUCUCGCGCAGCGUCGGUAGCGCACAUUGAGGUCAGUAAGUCACAUAUGAUGAACAUAUGAACGAACUGUAAUACUGACGCGAUUUUUUUUUUACUGCGAUCAUUUAAAGCUGCAGAGAUGUCAGUCGUGUCCUUCCAGUGCCUGAUGUUUGGUUCAGUAUUCCUGGUUCUGGUGUGUGCCGAGGUUCUGAGUGCCGGUCCAUCGCUCCUCCCCAAUCCUCUCCGCUCCCAUGGGCCAGUUCUGGAUGUUCCCAUAGGCUUUGAGGAACAUGAUGUCUCAAGGGGUCAUAAACCCGGAUUCAUGGAGAGUUCUCAGGAGAGCUCUGGGUUCUUCAGCGAAGACAGCGAGGAUGGCAAGAAUGCUCAAGCCAAUAACAAAGACAGUGGUGCUGACCCAAGUGCCGUGAAUGAACGCUGUCUGAUGCCCAAGAAGGUGGGACCUUGUCGUGCUACGUACCCUCGCUGGCACUUUAACCCUGCCACUAAGAAGUGUGAAAACUUCAUAUUUGGGGGCUGCAAACAGAACCUCAAUAACUUUUUAUCGCUGGAGGAGUGCACCAAAGCUUGCCAAACAGUCUCUGAUUACAGCCCUUCAUCUCCAGAACCGCCAUCUUCACCACUUUCUCUGAGCCAAAAGCCCAGUGAGACAAACUCCUCUUCUUUGUUCUUCAUCCCUACGGCUGAGCCCGUGGACCCAGAGCAAUGGGAGAGUGAUUCAGAAUCUAGCGGCUUCCCCCUCCACCCCUCACCCGGGCCGUCAAGAGCAGGUGCUGAAGACCACGCCCAAUCCACAGCCACAGCAACGCCCACUGCCCUCGGACUCGCCCGUCAGAACCAACAAGAGGCCACAGCUGGGCCUGACAAACGCCUGGCGUCCCAGGACCCGUUUGAUGACGAGAAGGGCCGUGCAGUCACUCAAGUGCCCACAGCUCCUGAAAUCGGGACCCUGCCCAGCCGGGAGCCCCUGCAGCCUGACGAACCACACCAGGAUGAUUCUGAGGAAGAGGAGGAUGAAGAAGAGAUGGUGGUUUUCCCCACUGAACCGGAUGAGGAGGAAAACGACAACUGGCGGUACCUCACGCCGCUCACCACCGGGCCCUCAUCCUCCCCCGCUUCAGAUCUGCCACCCGUGGUCUUCACCGAAACCUCCUGGCAGGGGGCGCCGCUCACCACAACAGAGGACGAGGAGGGGGCGGAGCUUCGUCACGGCGGCACCGAAUAUCUUGCAGAAACGGAGCUUCACGACUCAGAGCUGUCCCAGGAGGCCGAACAGGUGAUUUGUGUUGACUGGAGCAACCUCGCAGGAAAGGGCUACGUUAUACUCAACAUGACGGAUAACUUUGACUGUGAUGAGUUUCGUAUGGAGAGUGGCGACAGACUCUUGGAGAUGCUGGAAAACACUUUCUCCCGAAAGAUGAACAUCCCACAAGGCUCCUGGCUCAUUUUCCUCAGCAAACCCACACAGCAGGACCACCAGCUCCUGAUGGCCUUAGCCAGCGAGCAGGAAAUCAUAGCCCCAAAAGAAGUCCUAUCAAUGCUGGGGGAAAUCAGAAGAGGUCUAUAUGAGAUUGGAAUACAGAAUUAUUCAACGGUAAACACGUGCCACUCGAGGCCCAGUCAGACCCGCAGCGACUACGGGAAGCUGUUUGUGGUUCUCGUGAUCAUCGGAUCGGUGUGUGUGCUCAUUAUUGCUUCUGGAAUCAUCUAUAUCUGCUGGCAGCGUCGUUUACCCAAACUCAAGAACAUGUCGCGAGGCGAAGAGCUCCACUUUGUGGAGAACGGUUGCCAUGACAACCCCACACUGGACGUAACCAGCGACAGCCAAUCAGAGAUGCAGGAGAAGAAACACAGCGCCAAUGGUGUGACAGUGGGCGGGGACGGAGGAAGCGGUUGGCAGGUGCUCGUCAAUAAGCCCGGGAAAGACGAGGAAGACAACCAAGAGGAAGAUACUCACCUUUAAUCCCGGGAAACAUGAGGCAUGGGAAAGCAGCAUCGCAUUAAUGACUAUGGAGGCAGAAAAUAUUUUCAAGCUUUUUCGAAACAUCUGCUGUUUAAAAUGUGAUGUCUUUUGGCUUGUAUGACGUUUUUCUUUAUCUGCAUCACUAAAUUCAAGCGGACUAAAGUGCUUUAAAAUGCGACUUGUGUGAUAUGGGACAAUUUUCAGUGCAGGAGCUAACCAUUGGAAUUUAUUUAAAUCGAAUGUGUCAAACAAUCAUGUUUAAAAUGUUAUUAGGAAAUUGUUUCUUGCACUGUUAAAGCAAUAGUUCACUCCUAAACAUGAAAUAUUUCGUUUUACUCAACCACUUGUUGUUCCAAACGAUUAAUUUUUCUGUGGAAAAAAAUAGUAUUUCCAUACAAACAACGGACCACGUCAAGUUCCAAAAAAGUAGAAUAUUUGGCUUAUUGUGUGCUGUAUUACAAGACUUCUGAAGUCAUCCUGUAGCUUUUUACUAGUCCCGAUGACCAAUGGCAGCGAACCUGACGCAAUCUCUAUUUUUUUUUUUUUUUUUUUUUUAAAGUUGUAUGGAAAUAACUAUAUAAAGGUUCUUAAAGGUGCAGUGUGUAAAUUUUAGCAUCAUCUAGCAAUGAGGUUGCAAAUGAGAGUGAUAUUAAAUAAAUGUAGGGGGGCGUGUGUCCUAAAAGGUUGAAAACCCCUGACAAAGAGAAGCUACGGUGACCGACACAAGACAAAGAUGUCGUUGUCUAAAGGCAGGAACCAUAGACAGUAAAAGAAAUGGACACAGCGACCCCAUUGGAACUCAAUUGAGACAAGUGAAGCCCAUUUUUAGCGAUUUUUAGCACUUCCGUUUCUGACGCGCAGACUCAAACUAAGCUUGAUG